AGCUCUUCUAUUCACUUGUUGUUGUUCACUGUUCAGUCAGACUCAGACUCACACUCAGUCGAAAGAUUUAAGUCAGUCGCCUGGCCAGUUGUAGUUGAGGUGCUGGAGGUGGAGGAUGUCAGUCAGCAUCCGUAUUUAUUUUUAAAUCGUGGUGCCUUUUGUUGUAAAUACGAUAGCAGAAAAGAUAUUUUGUAUUAGAAAAGGAUAACGAAUACGAAUUACAUAAGAUAUAAACGGUUAAUUGAAGUACAAAAGAAAUUGAUGGGUUCGAGAGAAGCAAUGCAGCACUAAAAUUGAUGUCCUCAACGGCAAGACCUAUAGCAGUCCAAGUCACGACUUCAGUGUAAUAAUGUCAAGGAGAGCUUUUAGGGCGAGGCUAGGAGUACUUGGCACCCCUGCCUUUGUGGGCACAGAGGAAUGCUGGUGAUCGACACCGGAUAUGAUGGCGCACAGGAUGUCAUAACCUCGAGCAUCAACAGCCACAGAAUUACGUCUACCGACUUGGUGCCCAUGCCCCUCGUCCUUGGGUUAUCCCAACGAAGCGGCACUGCCAGUGCCACGACUUGGUGUGUCUCGGCGCAUGCGCAUCUGCUAGUCAUUACCACAAGGCGUUGAUCAUGAUGUGAUUUCAAGAGCCAGUGGGGGAAAUUCAACUGAAGUGAUUAUUCUUUUUUUUUUUUGUCCAGAUUUAGUUUUCAGUCUUUAUUCGUAACAGAAAUUCUCUAUUUGUUCAGUAUUAGCUGGGACUUUUUAAAUAUUGAUGUGGCGAGGUGUAAAGAUAUGGGAGAUCCUUAUAUUUCUUAAUUAAUGUAUUUCUACUUGUGAUUCUUAAACAGAAGUUCCAAUUGUUGAGCGACAUUUAAAAAGUAUAGUUUUCGGAAAUAUAGAUAAUUGCAAGUUUUUAGAAUUCCCUGUAAAUAUAAGAAUUAAUUUAGCGAUUAUUAUUAUGUAAUAAAAGGCAAACUGAAUAAGCAAUAUAAAACCGAUACCAAAAGACCUCAAAGCUCUUCUCCUCCCACCGAAGGCGGGAAAGUGGUGCCUAAGGGAGAUUGAGUUCUACUCUGCUUUCCUUUCGUGAAGGUGAGCAGAGGAACUUAAGAUCCUGCCAACGAACUCCCGACGAGGAACAGAGAUCAUGAAUGAAAAGGCUAAGAAAAUUAAAGCUGUGAAUAGAAAUCCAUCGAGAGAAGACUGAUGGCUGCGGAAUCACAAGUUAAAUCAAUUUAAUAGGUAAAGAAAAGAGACAAGACUUGUCAAAUAGACGAAAUGAUAAUGGUUUUUAAGUAAGAUAAACGGAAAAAUGAGUGAAUGAAGCAGAGAAGCUUGGCGCCUGUGAAAUCAAUCAUUAAAGCAGUAAAAAUAUAUGGUAGAAUAUUUAACGAAGGAGAGAAGCUCGUUUGAUGAAUCGAUCAAGAGAACUAAUGCCAUUAUAUGGAAAUGCAUGCAUAGUUAAAGAAAGAAGAUUGGAGCCAGUGAAAAAAAAGAAACAGCAAACAAACACAACACUAAAGAUUCAAUGAAUGAAUGUUGACAUAUAAAAACAAGGCAGUCGCUUGUGAACUUGAAGGACAUUUAACCACAAGAAAAAGAAGAAGACGGAAAGACUGACGACGACGCAUGUGGCAUCAAGAUGACGUAGCGUCUCCCGGAACAGGAAACAAGAUCUCGAGAUAGGAAAUAGGCUGCCUGUAGUAUAUGAUUCUACCAGGCGGUAGUCUUCAUAAGCCUCCUUUAGUUUGAAUCUAGACUGAACGUGUAAUAAACACGCCAACUUUAGUCGCCCUUCGUUGCAAUAUGAACGUCUGAUACAAAACCCUAGGUAAAACCAAACGAGGAGGCGCCUAAUGAACAGUAAUAGAGAGAGAGAAAGAGAGAGAGAAACCAAAAAAAGACCGAAAGCCUCACGAACCUGCUGAGAGCAUGGCAAGGCUCGCUGUCUAGAUGAAAGGCAAGUAAGAGAGAAUCGCAGAUGUAAGAAAAGUCAAGAGUAUAUGACGUCAUCCGGCACCCGAAGGAGACGAUGAUCUAAUGGCACCAAGUGUUAGCAGGGAAAACUGACGAGACGGUUGCUACUUGCUGUAUAGGAGCCCAAGUAAACUGCGGUGUCGUUAACCCAAAAAUAUGCUGAACAGCAAAAACAGUUAUUAUUUUGUUCUUAAUAAGGAGAAUUUUGAGGUAACGUUAGUCAAGUCUUCGUUGUCUGCUUUGUGAUGUCUGAUAUGCUAAUAAAGUGCCCCUUUUACUGCCGUUGUCAUAUACAUAUCUUUAUGACAUUAAACUGAUAAGUGAAUUACUAGCUAUGUUGGCCAUGGCUCUAGUUGACCACAAAGGUGGUGGUGGAGGACUUGGCAGUAAGAGCGUGGAAGAAGAAGACGACAUCUUAACGACCUUGCGUCGUCUGCGACUAACACUCCAGGAAUGCCACGGGAGAGUGGGACUAAUGGACCAAAGAGUGAAUGCCCUCCAACCUCAUGACAAAAGAGAAGGCAGGGAAAAUAACAUGCGUUUAAUAGGGGGUCGUUUUCGUGCAGAUUCCCUCGAAAAUUACGAGACAGAAUAUCAGUACCAUGCGCAGAUCUCAGAGAUACCCCUAAAUCAUAUGGUGACUAAAUCUUCUAAUGAUAUAGAAGCACUGGAACCCACAAGUCCUAGAGAGCUGCACAAUUAUCCUGAAAUAAAGAACAAGGCAAAUCUGUACAUGAAUGGCCUGGUCCAGCCAUUGCUACAAAAAUGCCCUAGUGCUUUGGAAUUAGAUUUAGUGACUUUAGCAGAGAAGCAUGCAAAAGAGCUCUGUGAUAUGUACCAUUCAAAAUCAGAUGCAAUAAAUGGACAAUAUUGUGAAAAGUUAGAACAUAGGAAUGUUAAGGUGGAUAUAAAAAGUGAAAGGAAUAAUGACUGUGAAAUUUCAUAUGACUAUGGGGAAAACAAGAGUGAGAUAGAUUUAAAAGGGAUUUGCCUCCAGAACCUUGGCUCUGAUGGUGAUCCACUAUCUCGAAUAAAUGGAACGAAGUUUUCAAGAGAAAAAAAAAUUAGGAAAUUUUCCAUGUGUAAAGAUUGGUGGUCUGAAAGACUCAGGAGCAUCAAAACAAGUGCUGAAGAUUUGCGUGAAAAUGGAAUAGAGAAGGUGAGUGAAAAAGAUGAAAAUUCUGAUUUGCAAUCACAUGAAGAGAUAAACAACUUGACAGUAAACAACGAUGUUUGCAAACAGGAAUCAUUAGAAAGUUACACUGUCUCAGAACGGGAAAUCCCUAGAGUUUGCAGGAGAAAAGGACGUAACCUAAAUCGAACACAAAAUAUUUAUUUGGAGGAUUUGCCAGAGGAAUGUGAAAGUACAGACUUAUUACUGACUCAAAACACAGAUGUAGGGCUAAGGAACGUCAAGAGGCGUCAUCACCUGUCGUACAUGAAAUGGGGAUGGAAUCACUCACAGGCAGUGAGGCAAAGCUGUUAGUAGAAGCCAAAAUUUCAACAGAAAUCAAAACUGAAGGAGAAACCAGAGGUAAAGAAGAUUCCAAAGAGACCACGGAUAUAGCACCUGUAGAUGUACCUGUGUAUAAAAUCCAGAGUAGUCUGGAUGUAGUGGGGAAAUCUCUGGAUGAUUUCAAGAAAAGUAUCUCCGAGCUUUUUAACAAUCUGAAACAUAUGAACAGCUCUGAAAAGCUGAAUCUAAAAUUUUGCACCAUGACGAGUCUUACAGAUGCAAACGAGGAUUCUGAAAGCAUAUCAGAUCAUACAGUAAACAGUUCCAGUUUCAAGUCUUCAGGCAUGUCACGUCCUAUACAUAGCUCUAAAAUAGGUUUGAUUGAUAGAAAAUGGAAUUACAGGAAUAAAGCCAAAGAACACAAUUGCUCAUCUAUGUUGAACAAGCACGGAGUAAGUGAAGAUUCUCGAAGACAUUAUAAAGUCAAAAGAAGACAUCAUUUCGCUGUGAAAUCAAGCAAGUGCAGAGGUUUAGAGGUAAUGCUGAUUUCUACAGAUAAGGAGAAACUUAGUAACCGCACACAAUGCAAAGAUAAACAAGGCUGGCUCCAUAAACUCCUAAUAUUUCUGGUGCUUAUGAUGCUUUCAUUCUUUGUUUUUUACGUUUUAAUAACAGUUCCUAUUAUUACUCUAUCUGUUAAACACAAUGGAAGACCCGUUGCCUUUUAACAUACUUCAGGGAAAAAAUAUGUGACGGAGACUUCUUUGAUACAAAGUUCUUUUGAACGACCAUUAGUGGACUGAUAAUUGUUCUGUUAAAAACACAGAUUUCUUGUCUUCUUAUGUGAUACCGGUGUGUUCUUUAAGACACUACUUAAAAAAUAAUUUCUUCCUGUGAAUGAUCGUGCACUUACUGAAUAACACGAAUCAAGUAUGUAAACAAAGGAAUAGUCAGCCUUCUCAUGCGUAGUUGUUCGAUAAGAGGAACAUCAUUUCCUAAACGCAAGGUUGGUGCUAAAUGGUUUUGAUACUACUAAUAUUCAUUUUUGUGUUAAAUACUUCUGUUCUUUCAAUCAAUGUAUUGUAAUGAUAGGCUCCUAUUUUUUUUAUAAGUAAUGGUAUUGUAUAUGAUUUUAUUUUCAAAGAAAAGAAGUGUUAUAGGGGAAGGUCAAUUAAAUUGUAUCCAAUAAUUCUUUUGAAAAAUAUUAGGUGUUUUGACUUUUUAUUUAAUGACGAAAGUACUAUAAGUUAAGUUGCCACUUUGAACUUGAACUGACAUGUCAGCAUUUUAGACAACUAUCAACUUUGUAAAGAACUUAAUUAUUAUUAUAGUAUGGUAUUGACAAGACACUGCACAAAAUGUUAAUUGGGUGUUUGCUUAUUCUACGAGAGUCUUAUGCACUUUGUAGAAAUUAUUUCUUUGGAAAACCACUAGAUGAAAAUAUGGAACUGGAAAUCUAAAUAUUUCUUCAAAGUAAAAUAAUUGUCCCAUUAGACCCUAUUACACUGGAAUUCAAUACAUCAGCUAAGAAUUUAUCAAGACAACCUUCAAGUGGGAUGUGCCAGUGAUCCUUCAUCCUGUCCUCGUGAAAUAUGAGUUAAAUCACUGCAUCAGCAUAUGUCUGGUUUCCGUAAUUUUUCUCUUUUCCAUCACUUCAUCAGAACUGCGAGUGCAUAUCUUGAUUAAUUUCUUUUGAGUAAAUCUGAAUUAUUACCAAAUAUCACCAUCAUUCAUUGUCUUGAUAGUCUUGCUUAAGAUUUGCCUACCACAUAAUGUUUAAUUCUGUUUAUUUAUAACUGGUGUCUGACACAAUAAAAUUGAGUAGAGUGUUCAGAAUUUGUCCGUGAACAUAUUACCUUUUUAUGCUUUAAAAUGAAACAAUGCUCGUCUCGUCAUUGCUGACAUCCUCAAGUCUCAGCAGUGAAAUCCCAGUGUCUCAGUUUUAUAUCGUCCCCAUGAAGAUUGUCUCAGUGUAAGGGUCACAGAUGUUGAUUAUCUCCAUAUCAUGGGGGUAAAUCCUGAAAAAAAGGCCAGUGAGUUCAUUUGAUAGCAGAUUUCUUAAGAAUCUGACGGUUCCAUUAUUUCUGCCCCUACUUCCCAUUCUCAUGUUAAGUGACUCUCGCUUCUGCCUUUGUAAAAUGGCUUGAAGUUGUAAUACUACUGGUAGUACUGAGUGGUGUUCUCAUAAGGAGAAGCUAGACAGAUUUGCAUAAAAUUCCAGGCUUUGUCAGCAAAUGGUCCAUAUUUUCUUCUAACUUUGAUACUUCAUCUCUUCCAUAUGGUUUACACCCUUAGUGCUUUUUUUUUUUUUUUUAGAUUGUACAGUGCUUUAGUAAUUCUUUUUAUAACAUGAUCAUGACACCUCCACACAUUGCAUUAUUUUACACAUAAAGUCUUGAGAUCUAUAGACAUGAGUGCAAGUCAUGACCUUGUAGAUCAAUUUCCAAAAUAUGGAUGUCUAUGGCUAUCUUGGUUGUCUAUGGCUAUCUUGGUUCAUACUACCCAUGCUAGUGUUUGGGUUUUGUAGUGUGUUGACCACAAACCAAAUUAGCAAUAUGAUGGUUUACUCCUGGAAGAUGCCCGGGUACAAAGAGGGAACCAUAGUGUUACGACAGUGGUUUGUAUGUAUGCAACUUAGAAUUUGUUUCAAGAUAUUGUCAUGAGUUCAGAUCAUAAGAAUUACUGCAUUUCACAAUGCAGUACUGCAGAUAGAAGUCCUCUAAUUGGUAUGGCACAUCAGGUAGGAAGCAUCCAAUGAUAUAAGACUUCUUUGAGUCAAAUUAAGACUGUUGUUCUUACCUAAUUCAAGAUGCUGUACUUAAUGUCUAAAGACCUCUCUUGGAGGAAUAAAAAGUAAGAGUUAUUGUCAGAUGGUGAAGAGAGACAAGAAUACAAGAGGUAGAAUGUAAGGUACCAAACCAUAAUAUUUGAGAUAAAUUUUGUGAAGAUUUUGAAUAUACCUAGAUGAAAGCCUUAUAAAUAAAACUGAUCUUCCAACACAAGGAAAGUUUUGGAGACAGUAGAGGCUGGUGGGGUUCAAACCUCUUCCCCUCAGGUUAGUGUGAGAUAAAUCCUUGCAAUGUUAGUAAAAGGCAAGUCUUCCUCUGGUGUCAGGGAUGUUGUUUGCUAAGUUUUGAAAGGGGAAAUGGUGACUCAUUAGUUAGAAUUUCCACAUCUAACUAGGAAGGGAUUUGGGAAUAAUUCAUGACUCUUUAAUUCACUUUACAAAAAAGUUUUAGACAGAAGACUGUCUAAAUACUCUAAGGUAGUCUUCCUAGACCUGAGGUCAGAAUACUGUACUUCUACUAGUUAGUACGUGAGGAAUGUACAAUACUAUCAUGCAAGCUAAAAGGUGGGAGAAAAUUAAACAUCAGCAACCUUGCUUAUCUACAGAAAGAGUUGAGAAUAAUCAUCAAAGAAAGGCUGUGAAAUGUGGUGCUGUAUACCAAGCUAUUCUUCAUGCCCUUCUUCCAGAAACCCUUGAUGAAAGCUUGCUAUUAGAGAGUCAACUGCAACUCUGGCCAAGAUCUAGUACAUACAAUAUACAUUGUUAAUCUAUUGUAAUAUUUCCCAUGAUGAUUUAUUCGUGUCUGAAUCAAAAUAUCCUAUAUGAUUGUCCCAAGUUCAGUUCAUCUAACCACAGCUGUGACGUAGCUGGAAAAAUGUUGUACAAAGUAUGUGAUAUAGGCUUAUUAUUAUGUGGAAUGUACUGUGAAUCAUGAAUGUGUCAGGAGUAAGCAUCAUUCAUGGUAAUUUUUCGAAAAAGCUAAUAAAGAUGUGUUAAUUUAGUGUGAAUACUGCAUAAAAUUGUUGAAAGCACUUUUUCAACUCAAAAUUGAACAUACAGUAGGAACACCACGGAAUAGUGUUAUGAUACUAUAAUUGUGAGUAGAAAUUUAAAGCACAAAUUAAUGAUGAUAUGGUAAUAGUAUAGACUUCCCACAUAAAAUUCUCCAAUUCUACAUAAGAAUUUAUUUCUUAUAAGGGUCAUGAUAUACCUGGAAUACAGGAUUGAAGAGGCAGAAACUCAAAUGCAUUUGUUUUCUCAAGACACGGAAUUGCAUGAAGCAGUAAAUGAUUAUUUAUUGACGACAUUUGUGUGGAUCCUUGUUUCAAUCUUAUCCAAUGGCUCAUGUCCUUGUUGUACAUUUGAACAAGUGAGACACUCAUAUCUCUCUUCCUUGUUGCUUCAUGGGAGAGUCUGUUAACAUUUUUCACUAACUUUCCCUCGGAACUUCAGUGAUAGGCACAUAAGCAACUGCUGCCUAGAAUACCACACCAAGUCACAUUUCAUUGUUGUGUCCAUAUCAAAUUAUAAUGGAAUAUAGAGUUCCUAAUGGCAUGAACAUUUGGGUAAGAACCAAUGAUAACAAGGAAGUAAAAUCUUUCAUGCCAUCUGUCUUCUCCAGUUGUGCUGAGUUUCUUAUUUAUGCUACUAUCUCCCAACAUUUUUCAGCAUUAUUAAUUCCAUUGACUACCUCUGUAACAUUCCCUUAUAUCCAUCGAAUAAGAUGUUAACUUCCUCUCUCUUUAAUAGGUCCUUGUCUAUUAAGGACUGUCUCUUAUGACCUCUCUGAUAUUAAGUAUCUCCUCUCCGUCUUUAACAAUGAAUAGGAUUUAACAUGGUUCCACAAAGUCUUGUGGUCUUUCUGUACACAAAGCUGUUUACACUCAACAGUUCGAUCAACUCUGUCAAGUUGUCAUUAUUUACACACACAUUGUACGCGUAUGUAUGUGCGUGAUGGCUCUCAAGUUUCCUGAAUUCUUUAUUAUUUUUUGUAUUAUUAUAAUUAUCAUUAUUGGUUGACAAAGCUGGGGAAGUGUGGCUCCUCCUACUGGCUUGGAGCAGAAUGACUCCUCCGGGAGAGUCUGGUAGACCGAUGUAGUCUCUGGCUGGCAUCAGGUCCUGGGAGUUCUGGUCAUAGGGCACGCUGCCUAAAGUAGCGGGUGGCUGAUUUGUUAUCCCUAGGAUGUGCCUUGCUGUUUUCCUGAUGGUGAUGGGGAGAGGAAAUCUCCUGCAUAAUGUUCAGCGACGGUUUUUAUCGGAGGAUGCUCACCCUUAUAUCGGAGGCAGUGAUGGUAAUUCAACAAUGACCAUCACUGCCUCCGAUACCAUCUAGUAAUUUUGUGCUCCUUAUGCUGGUAUUGGGGGUCACUGCUGUGUUCCCUCAUGAGUGUUGGUAUACUGCCCCUUCAUAUAGUCAAGUCGUAGUCAUACUGAUGUACAAAUGGUAACAUCCAUUCUCAGGGUACGAUGUUUGGAAAACCACCCCUCUCCUCUUCAAGGGAUCAUCGCUAGCAAUGUGGUUGUUCCUCAUGAGGUACGUACUGGGCAGUCUUCCAAUCCUUGUAGUAGAGCGUAAGGCCAAUUUUUUUUUUGGUCCCAGCUUUGACAACCAAUCAAAAAUUGCUAUAAUCAUUAUUAUUAUUAAUGGUAAUAUUCCAACACCUUCCAUUACAAGCAGCACCAAAGCUAGCUGUACUAGUAAAUAAAUCUAAGCAAUCAAACACCUUUCUGUUGGUUGAUCACAUGUUCAGCUUAACGCGGGCCAUCCCAGUUUGCACGUUCAUCUGUGCCAAUGCUGACUUCCUUUCUCAACAGAUAUUUGCCCUAAUUAGAGCUCACUAUGGAAAUGGUAACAAAUUGUUACACAUACGUAGCAAUAACAAAAAUGGUUUUAUUGGUACUGUCUAUUUUUCAUAUGCUGAGUUUCCUCCUUCCACCCUUCAGAUUGGGAGCCAGAGCAAAACUGCCAGCUGAGAAAAUAAAGAAUGUGAGCAAUACAUCCUACAAUGCCAUAAUAUUGAAAGAUUCUGGGUCUGCUAUUCAUUACUAAAAGUAAUAGGUUCUUGUGGUAAUGGUUUAUACCAACAAAACUGCCUUUGCUCAUGCUUUAUACGUUAUUUAUACGUUAUUUUCCUGAGCACGCUAGAAUGUCCUACGAGAUCAUAGGCAUUUGUUUCGAUUCAUGUACCUGUUCAUUUUUAAACAGAAAACUCCUCACUGCUCUGAAGUAGUUCUGUUUGUUAUCCUCCGAUGCUUCUUCCAUUUCAAACUUUGCUUUGAUGAGAUGUAGUGUAAUGAUUGUAUUCUGUUUCUAUGAAUGUUGAUUUUUCAUUGCUUAUUGUAACAUACGUUUAGUUUAACAAUUAUAAUUCUUUUGAGAGUAUUUAAUUUAUAUCUGUAUCUGGUGUAAUAUGGAAGGUGAUCAACCUACAUAAUGUAUUUUAACGUCCUGUGAAAUAUUGAGGGUAGAUUGUGCACAGGUAGUUGUUAUGAUUUAAUACUGUGAUUUACUGGCGUUAGUUUUGAAUUAGUAUAGUGCAAUAAGUUCACCAAUGAUAUAAGUAGCCAAAGUAAUAUUGACACGGCUGUGACGAUCAGAUCAACUCAUAUGUCCGUAAGGAACUCGAAUGUAUAUUUUUUUUACAUAAAAUAUUUUCAAUGGGAGAACCUUCAAAAGACACUUUUCAAGUACAGUACUGUAUUUCAGUGAAAUUUGAAAAUUGUUCGUAUAGUAUGCACAAACCCGUAAUAAGAAUUAUCAAAAGAAGUUACAAACGGGAGAACCAACAAUUACAUUUUCCCUUGCAAAACUUCUAAUAUUUAUGUUAUGCCCUGUCCAAUGUGUCUGUCAGUCCCCUUGCUUCAGCAUUUCAUAUGACCAGUAUGCAUACCAUUUUUUUUUUAGUCUUUAGCUCUCAUCGAAGUCUAGUCUGCAAGCUGACCUCCUUAUUCAGAGUAGUUGUGAAUUUCUAGCAUUCUUGGUCAGUCAUCUUGGUGAUGAGUAAUAGACAUUUUUUAACAUUAGAUGACAAGUGUUUUGGUAGUUACGAUUAAAAAGAAAAUAAAAUCAGUGCAUAACUUUAGUCACUGGUGAAGAUAACUGAAGGGGCAUUAAAAUAGUACAAAGUAAGUGUAUUGGUCUUACUACAUGAGAGAAAGAAUCAAGAUGUCAUUUUAUGAGGAUUCAUUUCUCUUUCCUAGGAGUUACACAACCAUGAUUUCACUGUAUUGGUGAAAUUGAUUUCUAUUUUUUCAUAGUUUUAUUCUGUACUAAACUAUCCAUGUUAUAUACUUAAAAGUUCUUAAUGUAAUAAACUCUAUUUAAGGUGAA